AUGGCGAAAGAUGAGUGGAUAGUAAUCGAAACAAUAGAUAAGUUCGAGGCAUGUUACAGGAAAAACAUAACCGGAAGCAGAGGCCUAUGGCGAGCUGAAAACGCCUUGAUUGCUUCUCUCCCUCAAUUCAUCCUCCAACUAUUCCUCAUCAUUCUUAUCAUUCGCAUUGUCGCGCUCCUCCUAAAGCCUUUGCGUCAACCUCGUAUAAUGGCUGAGAUUCUUGGUGGUGUGAUACUGGGGCGUUCUGGAUUGGGAGCCUCAAUGUUGUUUCUAUCUUAUGUGUUUCCUUUAAAGAGCCUUGUUGCAUUAGAGACGAUUGCAAACUUGAGCGUGGUUUACUACAUGUUCCUUGUGGGCCUAGAGACGGACGUUAGCCUAAUACUACGUGCUGGGAAGAAGGCCUACAGUGUGGCCUUCGCCGGUAUUAUAAUUUCAUUUCCUGUUGGGUACGGCCUGUUUCAAUUUCUCCGACCACAUCCAAACAUCCCAGGGAGCGGUCUUUUCUGGGCCGCCGGUCUGGCCUGCACCAACUUCCAAGAGCUGGCUCGAAUCCUUGCAGAAGUGAAGCUUCUCCGGUCCAAGGUGGGACGGACGGCCUUGACUGCAUCCAUGAUCAGCGACUUGUCGUGUUGGGUUUUCCUGGUGCUUACACAGGCGGUGCUGGAGAAGGGAAGGGAGAUUGCACUGGGCUCCACCUUGGGGUUCAUGCUUUUCCUUGUGUUUGCGGUGCAUCCAGCUCUAAAAUGGGUGAUUAACCGGAUAUCAAAAGAAGACAACUUCAAUGAGUUCCACGUUUGCUGUGUUCUGACAGGGGUAAUCCUUUGUGGAUUCAUCUCGGAUGCAUGCGGCGCACACUCCAUUGCUGGGGCUUUCAUGUUGGGAGUAAUCAUGCCUAAAGGGGAGCUUAAAGAUAUACUAAUUGAGAAGGUGGAGGACUUUGUGUCCGGGUUCAUGAUGCCUCUCUUCUUCAUAAUUAUUGGGAUCAGAACCAAUAUUUCAGAAAUUGCCUAUGGUAUCAGUUUCGGACGCACCUUGCUAAUAAUACUCUUAGCUUGCUUACCCAAGCUUUUGAGCACUUGGCUCAUUUCUCUAUUUUUCAGAAUGUCAACUCUCGACGCUCUGGCUCUUGGCCUACUUAUGUCCACCAAAGGCUUAUUAGCUUUUAUUAUUCUUAACUCAGGACGGACUAAAAAGGCUUUGGACAACCAAACGUUUUCAAUCUUGGUGGUGACAUUCUGGUUGAUGACGCUUGUGAUAGGGCCCAUCUUGACAUGCAUUUACAAGCGCACAAGGCAUGGCAGGCAAAGCAAGCGCAGGAACAUACAAAGUGCAAGGCAAGACAGCGAGUUUCUAAUCCUUGCAUGCGUUCAUUCCAUGCGCAAUGUAUCCGGAAUCAUCACCCUCAUCCAGGCUUCCAUUGCCAAUCAACUAUCCCCGGUCUCUAUCUUCGUUGUCCAUCUAGUCGAACUCGCUGGCCGAGCUUCAUCCAUGCUCAUUGUGCACGACACCUAUGGCAUGUUUUCAGACAAGAUUAAUGGUAAUAGUACUACUAGUACUAGUACUAAUAGUACUGCUGCGCGCACAAGGGCUCAUCCCGACAGCGUUUUGGGUGCCUUUAAGAGCUUGGAAACCAAAGGCAAUAAUGGUGUCACCGUCCACCCUCUCACCGCCAUGUCCGCUUAUGACUCAAUGCACGAAGACAUUUGUAGCCUUGCCGAGGACAAGCGUGUGCUCCUCAUACUCCUUCCCUUCCACAAACAACCCACCAUCGAUGGUGGAAUGGAAGAUUCCAACCCUGUCUUGAGAGGAGUCAACCAAAACGUGUUGGCAAAUGCAUCAUGCUCAGUUGGUAUCUUUGUGGACCGUGGACUCAGCACAUCAGCGACGAGCCGGGAGUCCAACCAUGGUAACAAUAUUGGACUGCACUUCGCCAUGCUCUUCAUUGGGGGCCGGGACGACCGUGAGGCAUUGGCUUAUGCAUGGAGGCUGCUAGGGAACACAUCUAUGAGGUUAGACAUUAUACGAUUUGUUCUAGGUGAUGACCAUUUGAACCCAAUAGAUCACAACCACCAAGGAGACCACAACGACGACAAGGAAGAGAUUUUAGCAACCCCAAAGGACAAUGACAAAGAAAAGCAGCUGGAUGAUGAGUACAUCGCGGACUUCAUUCAAAGUUCGAGUAGCAACCCCUCGAUUAGAUAUAUAGAGAAGGUGGCGAAUAAUGGGGAAGAAACUCUAAAAGUGAUAUCUAAUUUGGAGCACGAAUAUGAUCUAUACAUAGUAGGAAGAAGGGAAGGAAUGGUGUCACCAUUGACAUCGGGUUUGACUGAGUGGAGUGACUUCCCGGAGCUUGGAGCUUUAGGGGACACAUUGGUGUCUUCCAGCUUUUCAUCAGAUGUAUCGGUCCUCAUAAUACAACAAGAAGUUGGUGGUGAUGGUGGCGGUGGUACUAUUCGUGGUGGCGGUGGCAUUGGAGGUGGUGGAGAAAGAGGAGGAGGAGGAGGAGAGGAAACGGAAAACAAUGAACGUGAGCACACUGGAAAACUUAAGGAGCAAUUUGGGCACAUGACAUGGGAGCCACCUCCAAAGGAUAACACGGAUAAGGAACCCUUUGUGCACCGUCCAGAGGGCGAUUAUGAUCAUCAUGAGGACGACGAUGAUUUUUGA